GUGCACUCGGAUCUCUGGGGUCCUGCCCCUAUCGCAACAAGGCAUGGCCGCCAAUACUGGGUCACCUACACAGAUGACCACAGCCAUCUUUCGCAUAUUUACUUUCUGCACAAGAAGAACAAGACAUUUAGCACUUACCAGAAGCUCACCGCGUGG